AUGUUUUCCCCAGGUGUGCUGUUCAGAACGGUGUCUCCCCAGGUGUGCUGUCAGAACGGUGUUUCCCCAGGUGUGCUGUUCAGAACGGUGUCUCCCCAGGUGUGCUGUUCAGAACAGUGUCUUCCCCAGGUGUGCUGUCAGAACGGUGUCUUCCCUAGGUGUGCUGUUCAGAACGGUGUCUUCCCCAGGUGUGCUGUUCAGAACGGUGUCUUCCCCAGGUGUGCUGUCAGAACGGUGUCUUCCCCAGGUGUGCUGUCAGAACGGUGUCUUCCCCAGGUGUGCUGUCAGAACAGUGUCUUCCCCAGGUGUGCUGUCAGAACGGUGUCUUCCCAGGUGUGCUGUCAGAACGGUGUCUUCCCCAGGUGUGCUGUCAGAACGGUGUCUUCCCAGGUGUGCUGUCAGAACGGUGUCUUCCCCAGGUGUGCUGUUCAGAACGGUGUCUUCCCAGGUGUGCUGUCAGAACGGUGUCUUCCCCAGGUGUGCUGUCAGAACGGUGUCUUCCCCAGGUGUGCUGUCAGAACGGUGUCUUCCCCAGGUGUGCUGUCAGAACGGUGUCUUCCCCAGGUGUGCUGUCAGAACGGUGUCUUCCCCAGGUGUGCUGUCAGAACGGUGUCUUCCCCAGGUGUGCUGUUCAGAACGGUGUCUUCCCCAGGUGUGCUGUCAGAACGGUGUCUUCCCCAGGUGUGCUGUCAGAACGGUGUCUUCCCCAGGUGUGCUGUUCAGAACGGUGUCUUCCCCAGGUGUGCUGUUCAGAACGGUGUCUUCCCCAGGUGUGCUGUUCAGAACGGUGUCUUCCCCAGGUGUGCUGUCAGAACGGUGUCUUCCCCAGGUGUGCUGUCAGAACGGUGUCUUCCCCAGGUGUGCUGUCAGAACGGUGUCUUCCCCAGGUGUGCUGUCAGAACGGUGUCUUCCCCAGGUGUGCUGUCAGAACGGUGUCUUCCCCAGGUGUGCUGUCAGAACGGUGUCUUCCCCAGGGGGGACGACAGCUAG